AUGGAUGUCGAUCUGAGGUCAGACUCGGGCGUGUGGCAGUAUGAGAUGAGGCGAGAGAUGCAGCAAGUCACUCCUGGUCUCUUCGUCGGCCCUUCGGAACCCUCAAAGGACUUGGCGAGGCUGCACAUGGAACGCAUCACUGCCAUCAUCAUUGUGAGGAGCAAGCACGAGUAAGUAGCGUCGGAUGAUUCAGUCAGCUUGAUCCGAGCAUGCUUCGUCGCUUCUACAGAAGCGGGACUCAUCCCUAGAACACGUCUCUUGGCUGCCCCCCUCACGUCGCAUCACUCCACCAGAGCGCCAUUCUUGAAACCCCGUUUUCCCAACCAAUUCGCUUACCUCAUCCUCGAAGACGUGCAGGACAACGAAUUUCAAAACCUGAUCAGGCUUUACCCUCAAGCCCAGGCAUUCAUCGACCAUGAGCUCACUCGGGGCGGUAAAGUGCUCUUGCACGAUGACAGCGGUAUCAGUCGAGCGCCUGCCCUGGCCAUCAUGUGAGUGCUGUAACAGCACGACGUCGUCUCUCCUGCAACUGAGCUAUAACUCGACGCAAUCUCUUGUGGUACGCGUCAGGUAUCUGAUCGACAAGCGCAACAUGAGGUACGAUGAGGCAAUGUCGCACGUGUCUGCAAGACGUUAUUGCAUGCACAUCAAUCCCGUGAGACAAGUGGCAGGCAGGCAGGCUCAAUCUUCUCCCUGGACGCUCACCAGACUCUCGAUCAUCUUUGGACGUGCCUUUCAGGGCUUCGUCAAUCAGAUGAAGGAGUUUGAGGUCCUCGUACGAGCGCGAGGCACGCUCGCCCCCAAGCAAAACGGGUUGACGAGCAAUUCAAGCAAUGCACGGCGGAAGAGGGAACAAGAUGAGUGAGUGCAUGGCGAAUAGACUUUUGCCGAGUGCUCCCUCGCUUCACUGGUCAUGCCUGUCCGGCUCGAGGCUUACUGGGCAUGGCUGGUCUUCACUCGUCAGCGUUAUGGAAGACGAGAACGUGAUGCGCCCCACUCACCGCACUUGGGAAGCACAAGCAAAUUCAUAG